CUUUGUGACCGAACUCCUCCUUCCCCAACUUUCGGCGUUACUUUUACCACACACCAUGUCGGCAUCCGUACAGGACUUCCAGCUUGCCGCUUUGGCCGCCGGCUUCACAAUCGGGUUUGGGUUCUUGACAGUAUGGGAGGCUGUCAAGCAGACACGGAGGAACCACAGCCCGCUACGAUCUGCCUACAUCUACAUGAUAUGGGGUGAGAUUUUUGUCAACGUGGUUAUCGGCAUCAUCGGAUGGCUGUUCUUGAACGACAGGCUCGGGCCAACUGUCCCAGUCCUAUUCUUCAUCUUGUUCUUCUGGGUCUUCGAGGUUCAGCUGCUUAUGCAAAUUAUCAUCAACCGUAUCGCUCUCAUCGCAGAGCACCGGAGUACCAUCCGUAACCUAAAAUGGGGCACGGUGGUGCUCAUCACUGCCAUCAACAUCGCCGUCUUCUGUAUCUGGAUCCCAUCUCACACCGUCCCUCCGGUCAGCGAGACAUACGUCAAGAUCAACAAUGUCUGGGACAAGAUCAGCAAGGUCCUUAUCCUAAUCGUCGACGCAGGCUUGAACUGGUACUUCCUACGAACCGUUAAGAUCAGGCUAGUGGAACAACACGGUCUCACCAAAUACGCGCCCCUCGUAGGCUUCAACGGCAAGCUCAUGGUCGUAUCCAUCGCCAUGGACGCCCUCCUCAUCGGCCUCAUGUUCCUCAAAAACCAGGUCGUAUACAUCCAAUUCCACCCCGUCGUCUACAUCGUCAAGCUCAACAUUGAAAUGUCCAUGGCCUCCCUCGUCGUCCGCCUCGCUCAAGGAAAACAAAGCGACAUGAGCCCCGAAGAGUUCCACAGCUCUUCUGGCCCGGACUCGCACUCCCGAUCCGCCGUACUCUCGCACCAGCCAAACUCCAUGCACUUGACUAACCGGUCCAAG